UUCUACAGAUGUAUAUAAGUAUGUCUGGAAUAUUGAAUAUCACAAAAAUAGCAUAACGAUAUAUGACCAAUAAUUAGAUGGAUUGACAUUCCUAAAAAUGACCAAUUUUCCAUUUUUCACUGUUGAAAGGAAACGCCUUCCUCCGAAUACACAAAACUUGAAAAAUCACUACAAGCAAUUGGAUUAGGGAAUUUAAACUUUACAGCAAUGUAUGAACGUUCACUGAUUGGAAUAAGGAAACGCUUUGGACUUGAGACGUCAAAAGAACAGUCACAAUAACCGAAAAGAAAUCUUAUUCUGCAAUCUUUGCAAUUUUGUCUGGGAUUGAAUAACACUUUUUUCUGUUCGCCCAUUUAAUUGUCAUUUCUUAAAAGUGUUUUAUUGUAUUGGACUUUGUGUUCGGUUGAACAUUGUGACAGUGUAUUUUAUUUACGGACAACUUUUACACUGGGAUUCAACCGUCUAGAUGAAAGAGCAGUAAUAGUUGGAUAUAGGAUAUUAGACAUAAGACAUGGCGGACGAAGAUUCCUACGGCGCCUGGAAGGACAGAUGUGAUAGAUAUUUUACCUCCAUAUCGGAGUCUGAGAGUGUUGGCAAUGGGAACUGUGAAAAGAGUAAAGAGAAGAAAAAAUGGAAAACACUUCGUGACGUUACAAGUGACGACUUCACCAAUUCUACUUCUAAUUUCGAGAUAGCAAGGCACUGGUUUUCCGCUAUAGACAUCCACGGAUUCGGGUUAGCUGGAGCAUCAGCUAAUGUUUUAGAAUCCAUCAUCUGGAUCAUUGUACCGUGUGUGGCUUUAGGUGGAUUUGUGUUUUUCGUGUAUCUCAAUUUUUCUGUGUAUCUACAACAACUCUCCAGCUAUAAGAUUGAAUCCUCAUACAACAGACCGUCUGACCCGGUUUAUGUAACCGUGUGCAACAAAAACAAGCUGCGAUUCUCAGUGGUUGCAUCUUCUUUUGGAAGGUUUCGCAACCUGAUUGCUCUUUCAGCGCCUGCACACAUGUUGAUCCCAUCCUCAAACAAAAAUGGAGUCGAAGCAGUCAAGUUCACUCCAUUUUAUUCUUUUGCCCAAACCUUGCUGGACAAAGACAAGCUUGAUAAAUUAAUAGCGGAGGCCGAUGCCUUUUUUCUGCCCUUUUCCUCCAUGACCUCCCCGAAUGACUGGGAUAACGCAUAUAAAGCUAGCCUGAAGUACGGAUUCUGGGUUCUUCAGAGAGCUGCGAGUCCAAGCAAAGAGGAAUAUUUGAAAUACGGUCAUCAAACGAAUGAAACUAUAGUUCAAUGUUUGUGUGACAAAAGACCUUGCAAGGAGGUCAUUGAAGAGAUUGUUGAUGAAAAUUAUGGAAGAUGUUUCACAAUUCCAUCUCCUACAAUAAGACCUCUAGGUGAACUUGAAUUAAGACUUAACAUUGAGUCAGAUGAGUAUAUUGAUGUACUGAGUCCAGAACAAGGCGCUAUUAUAUUCCUCCAUACACAGAAAGAUGACAUCACAGAAGGAUCGCGGCAUUCUGUGGCUCCUGGAUCACAUAACGUCAUUGACCUGCAAAAUGUGAUUGUCAGAACAAAACAAAGUGGAUGUACAAAUGCACAGCAAUACAACAAGCAGAAAUGCAUGACUAGGUGUAUUGACAAUUUCUCCCAAAUCUAUUGUGAAUGUCGACAGUCUUUCGAGAUGAACAAUACACAGAAAUGUCGUCUCAACGUGCAGUUUGAAUUCCUGUGUUAUUUUGUCCUCUCAAAUCUGGCCUUGGAAGGAAAGCUGCCAUGCUCCUGCCCCAGUCCAUGCAGCACUACGACUUUGGAGUCUCGAGAUACGUCCCUACCCUGGCCGUCCGAGGGGAAUCUGAAGCAUGAACAAAACUACUUACAGACACAGGGACUAGUCAGGACUGCCAGUCAAAUAAGAUCUUCUAUGGUGAAAGUAUCAAUUGACAUGAUGAAUGCAAGAGAAACAAGAAUAACAGAGAACUCCUCAUCGUCUUUGCUUCAACUGCUUGCAAACAUUGGAGGUGUGUCCUCUUUACUGAUAGGAGUCUCCAUCGUCUCUAUUCUUGAGGUCAUAUGGCUAUUCUUCCGGGCCUGUAUUUUAGGAUGUUUGGACUACUGCAAGAGAAGACAGAGCCAGGAGGAGAAUGUGGAGAAGCUCUCUGAUUCUGACAUCACCUCUGUCACCUGGAAAGCUUAUAAAGAGCGUCUCAGACAUGAAGCUCAGGUCAAGGAUGAGACUAUUGGACGUAAAGGUCUCUGGUCCCAAGAACCAAUCAGAAGGAACAGUGGCAGACGACAGUCAUUACAGCCAAUCCCAGAAGAGACAAAAUCUCCAAAAACACCCAGUAUAAAAAUCUCCACACCACAUAACAGUGUGUUUACUAAGUACACUCCAUAUAACAGAUUUCCCAGUCAGGUAAGCUUCUUCAACUGCAGCAAAAAGGCAGAUCAAGUUCAGGGAAAUGAAUUUCCUUUGUUCCAUUCACUGGAUCAGACCAAUAGACUUCAUUCCAUGUCUGAAAGCAAGGAGGAUCAUGGAGCAUCUUACCUUUCACACAAGGACUGUAAUCAUGUUAAUUUCAGGAAUAACCCCGAGAAAGGGAGAAUUGUAACACCAGCUGAUGCCAUUCAAAUGUAUGGACCAUCAGCAAGGAAGUAUUUCAUUAGUGAACCAUUCAACGUAUAGAAUGUAUUGUCAGUGCAUUAUGAAUUUAAUAAGGCAUGGAGAUGAUAAUUCUGAGGAUAUGUUUAGUGUUAUUCAUCAUGAUUCAUACAAAUUUGGUUUUACAUUUGGGAAUUUUUAAACUGAAUUUUCCUUUCUGAACACUCACUCUCUUGUGAUAUAUAGCUCAUUUUGAUGUUUUGUUAGACAUGAGAUAAAAUUUGGAUUUGUGUGUAUCCUCUGUAAUUAAUUUUGAUGUACAAUAAAUGUAUUCUCAUAAUUUGCUGUAAAUACUGAAUGACUGAAUGUGUCUAAAUGUAGAGAAUAUUUUGUGAUAAAACUGAUGCACAGAUAUUCUGAAUACAGCAAAACAUGUAAUCUGCCAGAUUUAAGCUGAAGACAUUCUAGAGAAUUUGCUGAAUCAAAGGCUAUAAAGUUUUCUAUUUCUGUAUAAUACUCUUGUACAAUUUACCUCUAUUAAAUCCAUCCCACUUCA